GUUCAGUUAACAUGUGUUCUUCCUUUUCUGUGCAGAUAUUAUUGUCUUGAGAGAGCAGUGACACCCACUCCCGCUGAUGGCCCUACAGGCGGACCCUGUCUAGAGGGUCACUAUUGUCCCAUAGGAACCACUCAGCCAUUGUCCUGUGAUCCAGGGACGUAUAUGAUUGUAACACAUGCAACUCAAUGUGAGCCCUGUUCCCCUGGCUGGUACUGUGUGACAGGCACCCUGCAACUGUGUCCUGCAGGUUUUUACUGUCCCGAGGGAACGGGAUAUGACUUGAGAGCUUGUCCGGAGGGCACAUACAGCACUGAGCUGGGCUUGACAUCCAUCAGCCAGUGCAGGCAGUGUGACGGUGGCCAUUACUGUCCACUUAGGAAUGGCACCUCAGUCACAGGACAGUGCCUGGAGGGGUAUUACUGCUCCUACGGAAACACCUCUCCACAGCCUUCCUCUCACUCUGCAGGUGGAGGACCAUGCCCUGCAGGUCACUACUGCCCUAGAGGCACCAUCGAUCCUCAACCUUGCCCCAUUGGCACAUUCAGCAACCUGACCAAACUAGUCUCCCAGAACGGCUGCCGGCACUGCUCCCCAGGUUAUUACUGUGACGCGUCUGGGCUAACAGCGCCUACAGGGGAAUGCUGGGAAGGUUUUUAUUGUCGCCGUGGAGCAGUUUUCCCCAACAGCCCUAUCAGAGACAGCCGAGGAGGGCCGUGUCCACGAGGUUAUUUUUGCUCUAAGGGUUCGUCAGCUCCGCGAGAGUGUCCCCAGGGAGCCGUCAGUUUAGAAGAGGGUCGAUCCAGCUGUAGCCCCUGUCCCCAGGGUUAUUACUGUCCUGGCAACAGCUCCCUCCAUGAAACCAAUGAGUGCCCUGUGGGUCAUUACUGCCCAAAUGGCACCUCCUCUCAGUACCAGUACCCAUGCCCUGCUGGGACCAGCAACCCACACACUAGGAUGGGCAGUCCACAGGACUGCCUGCCAUGCCCCCCAGGGUUUUUCUGUGCCUUUCCUGGACUGAGUGCCGUAUCGGGCCAAUGCAUCGCUGGCUAUCUUUGCCACUCUGGAGCAGUAUCCCCGAAACCAGAAGACGGUGUGACCGGUGAGCGGUGUCCCCAAGGUCAUUACUGUCCAGAGGGCUUGGCUGCAGCGCCACGUCCCUGUCCUCUAGGAUAUUAUAGCAACACCACCAGGAACACACAACUCUCUGACUGCCUGCCCUGCCCUGCAGGGUUCAUUUGUGCCAGCAGAGGGCUCUCCAUCCCUUCUCAUCUCUGCCAGGCUGGCUCCUACUGCCCUUACAGACACAACUCCAGCCUCCCUGGCUCUAUCACCUGCUCAGCUGGGCAUAUGUGCCCACUUGGCAGUGCCAUCCAGGUUCCCUGUGUGCCAGGGACUUACCAGGAUCAAUCUGGGCAGGCAGAGUGUUUUACCUGUCCAGCAGGGUUUUACUGUGCAGGCUCAGUACAUCCUAACACAGAACAGGGGGUGGGAACACACAUGCCAACCCCUUGUCUGAAGGGACACUACUGCCCCCCAGGCACACGGUCUGGUGUGGAGUACCCAUGCCCAGCUGGCACGUUUAGUGGGCAGACCAGCACAUCUAAUAAGAGUGGGUGUGUGCCCUGCCCUCCAGGGAAGUACUGCAGCUCUGCAGGGUUGGCAGCGCCUACUGGGCAAUGCUCUCCUGGGUACCUUUGUAUCCGAGGCUCUGUUACUUCUCAGCCAGCUGGAGAUCCUACAGGUGGAAAAUGCAUCGCUGGGUCCUACUGCCCACUGGGUACCAGUCACAUGCUUCUAUGCCCGCCUGGUACUUUCAGCUCUUUAGAAGGGGCAGUAUCUGUGGCUGCGUGCCAGCCCUGUGUGCCUGGGCAGUACUGUGCAGACUUUGGCCUUGCCUCCCCAUCUGGUCCCUGCAGCGCUGGGUUCUACUGCCCAAUAGGAUCCAGAACCCCCAUGCCAAAUCAUAAUGCAACAAGUAAUAAUGAACCAAGAAAUGCAACUUCUGUAUAUCCUCCUCGUGAUGGAGAGGUCUUGGAACAGAUCAAUGGAGACCUGUGUCCAGGAGGCCACUACUGUCCGAUUGGGACAGCUCAGCCAAUACCCUGCCCCCCAGGCACCUUUCUGGGUGGAUAUGGUGGUCAAUCAGAGGCAGACUGUGAGGCUUGUCCGUCUGGAUUCUACUGCCCUGUGUGGGGGCAGACCACCACAGACCUCCACUGUCCCCAGGGUUGGUUCUGUCCAGUAGGCGCUGUAUCAGGGCAUCAACCAGAAUGUCAGUGCCCGUCUGGUCAUUCGUGCCCGUAUGGAAGUGCCAAGCCUGUCAUCUGUGCCCCUGGCACCUAUCAGUCUUUGACUGGUCAGUCUACAUGCAAGACCUGCCCACCAGGUUUUUAUUGUGUGGAGGGAACCUCUGUCCCAACACCAUGCCCAGCUGGCAGUGUGAGUCAGGCUGAGGGGAGAGCAUCUCAGAGGGAGUGUUCUCCAUGCCCUCCUGGGCUCUACUGCAACAGCAGUGCUCUCACCUCUCCCUCAGGACCCUGCUCUCCAGGCCACUUCUGUUCCCGUGGAGCUACUGUUCCUGAUCCAGUCUCCCAGACCUUUGGGGAUGUCUGCCCUCUAGGACACUACUGCCCAGAGGGUAGUGGGUCGCCCACACCCUGUUCUGUGGGUAGCUACCUUCCAGAGAGGGGUGCUCCAUCCCCCUCCCGCUGCUACCCUUGUCCCCCAGGAAGAUACUGCCUCAACCCAGGCUCCUCACAAUUCACAGGUCCUUGCUCCCCUGGUUUCUACUGUAGUGGCGGUGCAGACAGUGCUAUACCCCAGGCUAACUCCUCCCAGCUCAGCUGCCUUUGUGGCAUGAUAAAGGUCCAUCCUACUAACCAAGAUCUUUGUUCCUGGUUACACAACACUUCCUGCUCACCUAACAGUAUAGAUACAGAUGGAGAUGGGAGCUGGAUGGAUGUCGUAGCUAGGCCAUGGUCAGGUCAGGCCUUGGCCGACUCUACACCUCAUCUCAGGAGUCCACUUUAUAAAUGUGCUAACUUCAAAGGCGAUAUAUGUCCCAAAGGUUUCUACUGUCCUGUAGGAUCGGCUUACCCUCAGCCCUGUGACACUGGCUUCUACUGUGGUCAGACUGGCCUGGAAGCCCCCAGUGGCCUCUGUACCCCAGGCUAUUUCUGCUCCAGGGGUUCCACGACCCCUCACGCCUCACUCUGCCCCCCUGGACACUACUGCCCCCAGGGCACACCUCUCCCUCUACCUUGCCCUCCUGGAACCCUGAAGGGUCGAUCAGGCGGGUCCACAGUGGACGAUUGCCAGCCUUGCCCCCCUGGUCAUUACUGCGAUCAGAUAGGCUUGGCCGGGCCCAGCGGUCAGUGUGCUGCUGGCUACUACUGUCCUGGGGGACAGAGCACUGAUAGACCGUCACAACAUGUGUGUGGAGUUGGUCAUUUCUGCAAGGAGGGUAGCGUGAGAGAGAGAGCCUGUGCCCCAGGCAGCUACCAGCCUAGUGAGGGUCAGCACCGAUGUGAGGUGUGUCCUUCUGGCUUCUACUGUCUUGAAGAAGGAAGGACACACUUGGUUCCAUGCGGAAGAGGAUUCUAUUGUCCACGUGGAACAGCCAAUCAGCAUCCUUGUCCAUCCGGGACCUAUGGAAACUUAUCAGGAUUGGCUGACGAAUCGGAAUGCUCUUUGUGUGAACCGGGGAUGUACUGUAAAGGAACAGGGAGAAAUUACCCCAGUGGUCCAUGCAGUGCAGGGUUUGUGUGUUUUGGGGCCGCCUCUCAACCCUCCCCCUCAGACAACAUCACAGGCGCUCCAUGUCCUCCUGGAUUCCACUGUCCUGUUGGAAGCUCCGUACCAAUGCCCUGCCCUAAAGGCACAUUCAGUGAGCAAAGUGGACUAACGGAGCCCUCCCAGUGUCGUAGAUGUGUUCCAGGGUUCUACUGUGCAGAGCCAGGCCUUAAAGCAGUCACUGGAGCCUGUCUGCCAGGUUUCUACUGUUUGGAAGGGUCCCAGAGUGCUGCCCCGAUGUCAGGUGUAUUUGGAGGUGUUUGCAACCCAGGCCACUACUGUGAGAGUGGGACCAGUGUGCCUGCAUCCUGCCCUGCUGGCACCCAUCACAAUAACACCGGAGGGAAGAAGAGUGAUGACUGCAAGCCAUGUCCUGAUGGUUGGUUCCAGGACUUGGAGGGCCAGAGGGAGUGUAAGCCCUGUCCCCCUGGCUCUCACUGCCUGACCACCAACACAACUGGCAGCACCAGUGGCCCCAUCACCCCUCUGCCCUGCCCAGCUGGCUAUGUCUGCCCCAGAGAGAGCUCCUUCAGCCAACCCUACCCCUGCCCCAAAGGCACCUACAGCCCUACUCUGGGUCUCACAUCCCUUGGGGAGUGCUUGGUUUGUCCGGCGGGCCAGUUCUGUGGAUCAGAGGGUCUGGUUGAGCCCACUGGACCCUGUGCUCCUGGAUUCCUCUGUGUUACCAGGGCCACAGUGCCCAACCCCACCGACAACAGGACAGGGUCAACCUGCCCCCCCGGAUCAUACUGCCAACUAGGAUUCAGAGCAGGUGCUUGUGCCCCUGGGUUCUUCUGUGACUGGGGCUCCAGUAGUCCUGAGGAGGCCCUCUGUCCAGCAGGCUACUUCUGUCCAGGAGGAACUAGGACCCCCCUGGCCUGUCCUGCAGGGACACACAGCUCAGUGACAGGCAACAGCCACCAGAACAACUGUACAACAUGUCCUGAUGGCUACUACUGUCAGGGAGAAGGGGUGGUCUAUCCAGUGGUCUGUCCUCUUGGUCACUACUGCCCUCCUGGGUUGGCCGUGGGUGUGAAGUUCCCCUGUCCCCCUGGCACAGUGCAGAGCAAGCCUGGAGCCUCCAGCCUGGACCACUGUCUACCAUGCCCUGCAGGGAUGUUCUGUGCCCUACCUGGGCUUUCCCAGACAACGGGGCCUUGCCAGGCAGGAUACCACUGUCCCCCAGGUGCCAUCACACCCAAUGCUACUGAAUACGAGCAGAAUUCUACCAGUAAUAAUCUGUGCCCCCGUGGCCACUACUGUCCAGCUGGCACUGGCUACCCUCUUCCGUGCCCACCGGGCUCUCUCUCCAGCUCCCUGGGACUGAGGGGCGUAGAGGAGUGCCAGCCUUGCCCCCCUGGGCACUUCUGUGACAAGCCUGCGCUGACCGCGGAUGGCGCCCCGUGUAGCGCUGGGUAUGUGUGUCUAGGGGGUAGCUCCAGUGCCCACCCCUCUGAUGGUCACCAUGGUUACCUGUGCCCCACAGGGCAUCGCUGUCCUGUUGGCACAGCUUCAGCGGUACCCUGUGAGCCUGGCACCUACAGUCCUGCCCCUGGUGCCGCCCACUGCCUCACCUGCCCUAAUGGCACCAUGUGUCCCUCCUCUGCCACCCAAGAGCCCUCUCUCUGCCCUGCUGGUCACUUCUGUCCUGCCCGGUGUGUGUUACCGCUGCCUUGUCCUGUUGGGACCCUCAGUGAACAGACAGGAGCCCCCUCGCCCUCUGCAUGCAGGCCCUGCCCCUCUGGGCUCUACUGUAGCUUGCCCGGCUCCUCACUACCACAAGGCCAGUGCCAGCAGGGCUACUUCUGCCAGCGUGGAGCACAUAGUCCAGCUCCCCAGAGCUCAGCCAUCUUUCCCAGGAACGGGCCCUGUCCUGUGGGCCACUAUUGCCUUUCUGGGACCCUCUCCCCACUGCCGUGUCCUGCAGGCAGCAUCCGAAACCACACCGGUGGGUUAUCCUUAGACAGCUGCUCCCCUUGCCCCCAUGGACACUACUGUUCCAUUGAGGGCCUGGCCUCCCCCAGUGGCCUGUGUGCUGCUGGCUUCUACUGCCCGUUUGACUUCUCCUCCACCACGCCCUAUGCUUUCCUCUGCCCUAAGGGUCACUACUGUCCAGAGGGCUCUCCCCUGGCCCUGCCCUGUCCUACAGGAGAGUACCAGCCCAACCCAGGCUCUGACUCCUGCAUCCCAUGCCGCCCAGGCUUCUACUGUGAGGAGGCCAUUGUUGGAGAGCCCUGGCCUUGCCCCCCUCACUCCUUCUGCCCUGCAGCCACCAUGGUUCCCCAGCCGUGCCCCAACGGUACGUUCACCCCUUCUGACCAGGGGGGGUUACAGGAAGAGCGGGAGUGUCUGCCCUGCCUCCCAGGGAGGUUCUGCAGGGCUGGUAAGAUCAAGGGCCAUUGUGCAGCAGGGUAUCUGUGUAUGUCUGGCAGCUCUGAGUUCACGCCACAGGGGCCUCACUCCAACUGGAGCCAGUGUGAAUGGGGGAUGCAGUGUGCCGGCCCCUGUCCAGCAGGAUUCUACUGCCCAGAAGGUUCAGAGAAGCCUGAAGUCUGCCCUGAUAACACUAUCAGAGUUUUACCUGGAGCAGCCAAUAUCCAUGAUUGUCUGUCUUGUCCACCACAGCACUGGUGCAAAAAAGGUGACCCUGUCCUGCACCUGUGUCCUGCUGGUCACUACUGUGAUGGGGUGGUUGGUAGUGACUACGAGGGAGGGACUGAACCCAGGGAAUGUCCGUUAUUUACCUACAGAUCCACACCCGGGGCAGCCAGCAAGGGGGACUGCCACCCCUGUCCCCCUGGAUUCUACUGUAACUCUACAGGUUUUACAGAUUACUCUGGCUACCCCUGUCCCCCGGGCUACUGGUGCAGUGGCACUGGUCUACCUAUACUAUGCCCUGCGGGUACCAUGAGGCCCCUUCCAGGGGCGGCAGCUGCCAGUCAGUGUGAGCCGUGUGCGGGGGGCACCUACUGCCCAGACCCCAUGUCCACAGGGCAGCCCAACAUUGCUGGAAUCUCCUGUAGAGCCUCGUUCCAGUGUCCCCCUGGUGCGGUCUCAGAGAGGCUGUGCAAGGCUGGCUCUUACUGUGGGCCCCAGACUGCAGAGCCUGAAAUCUGUCCUGAAGGCUACCUCUGUCCAGAGGGAUCUCACACCUACAACACACCAAACCAAGUUUGCGCGUUUCCCUACUACUGUCCUGCCAACAGCUCUGCCAUGCUGUCCUGUGAGGGGGGCUCCGUGCCCCUCAACACCAGUGGCCCCAGAGCCUCCCAGGACAGCAGCUGUGGGCUGUGUGAGGCAGGGACCUACCGACCUCGGCUGUCCCCCCAACCUCAGUGCCUCACCUGCCCACCAGGGUACCACUGCCCUCCAGGGACAGAGCACUACCACAGCAACCCCUGUCCCCUGGGCUAUGUGUGUCCGCUGGGCUCAUCCAGUCCUGUCCCUUGCCCCCCUGGUUCUUUUGGUAAUCUCUCCAACGCUGAACAUGUGGAGGACUGCUACCCAUGUCCAACUGAUACCUUCAACCAUCUGGCUGCCCAGAGAGCCUGUUUCCCCUGCGGAAGUUCCUCUACUGCACCCCAAGGGGCCUCUUCCUGCACCUGCCUUGGGAAGAACCGUGCUUUCCAGCACUCAGACGGCUCCUGUCUGUGUCGAACCGGCUUUAUUUUCUACAACAAUCUGGAUUUCAAGAUCUCCAGCUCUGACAGUGAACUGGACUGCCAGCCUGAGGUGAACAAGCGCUGCAGUGCAGGACAGGUGCGCCUGGCUGCAUCCAGAGAGUGUGUCUCACCCUCUCACCACUCCUGUAACAUCACCUGUGGACCUCAGGGAGGGAGUCUGGAUGUGGAGAUGGGCAUCUGCCACUGUGAGCGCUACGUAUCAGCAGAGGAGCUGUGCAACACAUCGUGUCUGUCCAGACUGCCCCACGUCUCUGCCAGGCUCUCCCCAGAUGGACAGCUGCUGCUGGGGAUCAAAGAGCCAGAUGAAAGCCGAGUGUGGAGCAGAAAAAUGAUGGAUGUUUUGGGACCAGACGUCCAUGUGAAGAACAUUGGAAACAUCCACUUUGUUCAAUUUGAUUCUGAAGGUGUAUUUGGUUGGAUUCUGAUGGACCGAAAUGUUAUUGAAAUGACCCUGACAGCAGAGCCAAUCGAAUUUAUUGACAUGCGAUCAAGGAAGAGGAGGGAUCUAGAAUCCAAGGCAGAACUUCUACACUCCUAUGUCCUCCCUCGUAUCCCCAACCCCAUAGCAUGCCUCUCCUCCAAUGACAUGCUCAUCUUCCAGCUCACCAUCAACUACAAUGACCGUCACAUCAGCCACUUCCCAGUGUAUCAGAAAGACCAUCUCUUCAAUAGCAACCCUAGCUGGGACUUUGGGGCCUUCCGGCGGCUAGAGCGACUCAUGAAGCAGACUCAGUUCAACUCUACCAGAUUUGCACACGUGUUCUCGGAGACGGGGAAGUAUGUGUUCCUGGACAACGCCAUUCCAGAGUGGAGUCUAGUGGUGGUGGUCAGUGAGAGAGGGACAGAGUGUGACCCCACUGCAGCUGUUUUCCAGCCCAUGACCCCCGCCCAACUGGUCAAGCACGGGGUCAUCAAACAACACCGGCUCAACCUGCUGCCUGACUGGGGCGCCAUCGUAGGUGUCCUGAGUCUCCUGCUUGUGCUGAUCCUGGUGCUCACCACCACAGCUCUGGUUCUGAAGUCCAGUCGGGCCAAGCUGGUGUGCCAGGGCAAACUGAGGCCUAAGUGGCGGAGCCUGGGAGAGCCCAUCCCCCCAGUGGAAUACGUCUACAGUGGAGAAAGCCUGAAUGGCCAGGGGGUGCUGGGCUGCAGGGGAGUCGGAGAGGGGGCUGAAGCUGAGGAGCCUGCAGUCUGCCGUGGAGGAGGAUACAUGACUGGGAAGUUUGAUCUGGAGCAAUUCAACGUGAAAACUCUCUACGACAAGCUGGAGGAUCAGAACCUGCAUUUGGCGUCCCAGCUGGCCAGGCACCGCAAGGACACCCAGGAGUUCUACCGGAAUAUCUGUCAACAAACAGAUACCCUGAGGGAUGUUCUGGAGAACAUGGAACCCAAAAAGUUGAGUCUGUUGAAAGAGCUAUUGGAACGCGAUGCCUUGCAGAAUGAAUCAUACACCAACACGGAUGCAGACGGGGAUGGACAUAUCCAAUCAGCAAAAGAUCCGUCAGUGGUGCUGAUGGGAGCUGUGGUCAGAGCUUUGGAGGCAGUCCUGUACAGACUUAGUGGAGAGAGCUGGCAGCAGCAUGACAUGACCGCAGCACACUGCCACACAGACAGCAGGGAGUGUGAACUGCACACAGGCUACAUACAGUUUUCCUCAGCCAACAUGACCAAACCUGCAUCAGGCCAUGAGACAGGACCACCACCUCAUGAUCUAGUACACCUACAGAGCACAGCCCCCUGUCUGAGUGAGCAGGACCUGUCCAAACUAGUGGCCAUGACCCCUCUGUCCAGGACCCUGCAGGAGAUACAGGAGUCCCUCCAGAACCUAUCUGGUGUAGACAGAGUUUGUAUUCCAGCCAGGACUGACAAAACCACAGAGGACCCAACAGUGCACCUGAUUCCCGUUGCCCUGGACAACCUCUCCCCACAGCACUUUGCCAUCUUCCUGUUCGGCUGUCAUGUUGUGAAACUGCUUUGCAACACUCAAAUCUUCCCCCCUGUCAUGCUGCUUCUGUCCAAAACGGUUCCUGUCUCAGCUUACGAGGGCCUGGUGUCACACUGCAGUGGGGACUUUUAUUUUGACACAACCAACCAGAUUCUGUAUCUCUGUGAGGCAAAGCUUGAGAGUGUGGGACAGUUUAUUGCCACUCUCCUACAGUCUAUGGCCUAUAUUGCUUCAGGUUCCAAGCCUGAAAGCUUCAUGCAAGUCCUCCAUCAUGCCAUCUCUGCUUUGAGCCUUCAGUUGUUCAACGCCUCUUUCAGAUAUGAUGCAAACAAGGCAAAGAGGGACACCUCACUGACCUCAGACCAGUCUCCUGGGAAGUUAGUAGAGGACUUUCUCAAUGUCCGUGUCCCCACUGAUAGCCAGUUCACAGAGCACCUCUUGUCAGACAGACUCCAACGAUAUAAGUAUUUCAAUGUGGAGCAAAUCAUGCGGGAUCUUAAACAGUUUCCAGCAGAGGACACUGAAAAGGGACCUUCACAACAGUGUUUAAGAACACCCGUCCAAGCUCACUGUUUGGAGAAGGAGAUGGACCAUCUGAAUGAGGUUUUCCUGCAGCUCAGCGUUCAACUCCAGAAGAGAACCCAGGGCGCAACAACCGAGAAGGCCCUGAGUCGUAAUGGAACAAUGAUGUUAGAGCUGAAGAGACGGUAUGUAUCCCAGAGGCUCGACGAGCUGCAAAUCAUAUUAAAUGGGAUGAGCCGGCGCCAGCUAGACGGCCACAGCCCAGAGGAAGAGGAGCAGACCCGAGAUCACCCACACCCAGAGCCAGACAACUAUAGAUCAGACGGUCAGGAGGAACACGAUCAUUCUCCAGACCAGGAGGACCUAGACAGCAGGGUACCAAAGAACCAUAAACUAGAAAAUAACCAGAGCCCGUACAAUCAGGAAGUAGAAAGCCAGGGACCAAGCAGUCAGAUGACAAGCAUGGGUAAAACAAGCUUCGGAGAACUAGAUGUAUGGGAAUAAGCCAGUUAGAAGCAUUGUGAAAAUGGGAUACUACUGAAGUGUGUGGUUUUGGUGUGAUUUGUCUCAUGAUUUUGUAGAUUACGUGUACAGUCUAGUGUAUGGUGUGAAUAAUAGAUGUAUAAUAGGUUCAUCACAUGUGAUUUAAUCAAACUGAUCAUUUUCGUUGGAGUGAUAUUUAUUAAAGAUAUGAAUUAUG